GGGUCCUUCAGAGGAAGAAUGGGUGUCGCAGAGUAAACGGCUGCCUUUAUAUCUUAGAAACAUAGCCACAAUGACUAUCGUGAUUGGCUUUGAGGGUAGUGCCAACAAGAUUGGUAUUGGUAUUGUGAGAGAUGGGGAGGUCCUGUCCAAUCCACGACGCACAUAUAUCACACCUCCAGGACAAGGGUUCCUGCCAAGCCAGACAGCCAAGCAUCAUCGCGGUGUUAUUCUCACAGUCCUGAAGGAGGCGCUACAAGAAGCAGGGUUAAAACCCGCCGACAUCGACUGUGUGGCUUACACAAAAGGUCCCGGAAUGGGGGCCCCUCUCGUGACAGUGGCCAUCGUGGCCCGGACAGUGGCCCAGCUGUGGGACAAACCGCUCCUGGGAGUGAACCACUGCGUUGGCCACAUUGAAAUGGGUCGUCUGGUCACCCAUGCCAGCAACCCAACUGUCCUGUAUGUCAGCGGGGGAAACACACAGGUGAUUGCGUAUUCUGAGCGCCGAUACAGGAUAUUCGGGGAGACCAUUGACAUCGCCGUUGGAAACUGCCUUGACAGAUUUGCCAGAGUAAUUAAGAUCUCCAAUGACCCUAGCCCGGGCUACAACAUUGAGCAGAUGGCCAAAAAGGGCAAACGGUACAUCGAGCUUCCAUACACCGUGAAGGGGAUGGACGUGUCAUUCUCAGGGAUCCUGUCCUACAUUGAGGAGGCAGCUGAGAAGAUGUUGGGUUCUGGAGAGUGCGCGGCGGAGGACCUGUGCUUCUCUCUUCAGGAGACCCUUUUCGCCAUGUUGGUGGAGAUCACAGAGCGAGCCAUGGCUCACUGCGGCUCGCAGGAAGUCCUCAUCGUCGGUGGCGUGGGCUGCAACCUGCGUCUACAGGAGAUGAUGGGCAUUAUGUGUGAAGAGAGGGGUGCCCGGCUAUUUGCUACAGAUGAGAGGUUCUGCAUUGAUAAUGGGGCAAUGAUUGCACAGGCUGGAUGGGAAAUGUUCCGAUCAGGUCAGCAGACUGAGCUGUCGGACUCCUGGGUGACUCAAAGGUACAGGACAGACGAGGUGGAGGUCACCUGGAGAGAUUAGUGCUGAAUGCUCACAGAGAUCUGCUCUUUGCAGCCACCACAAGUCUAUCCAGGCUGUGAAGGAUGUAGACGUGACUCAGAAUGAACUGCAAGAUGCUUGUAUGGAUGUGUGAACAUAGAUAUCUGUAUUUAGAUAUGUGUACAUAUAUAACAAAGUGGCAGUAAUAAACUGAAUUAAUUUUU